GAUUGAAGGUGUUGGGGAUCGAGAAAAUUAUGGCGCCAUUGAAGAGUAUGGAGAAAGAGUAUCCUCUCAUUGAUUCUCACUUUCAAAGCUUUUGUGCUUCUCACGCCAUUUUCUCCCUUGAAGAUUUCCUCCUCUACGAUCUCCAUGCAUUAAUCGCUUCCGCAGAUAAUCACUCCUCAUCAAUCACCUUCAAGCAGNNAAUUGAUCAGCUCCUGUCAGUGAUUGAUACUCAGCUGCCACCAUUGAUGAACGGGUUGCAGCUCUUGGAAGAUGCUGAAUGCAAUAAGCGUCUUUUGCCCACUGGAUUCAAAGGGAUAGAUGCUUUGCUUGGAGGAGGCUUACGUGCAGGACAAUUAACUGAACUUGUUGGUCCAUCCUCUUCUGGUAAGACACAGGCUUGCCUAACAUCUGCUUCAACAGUUGCAAAGAAUGGUGGUUCAGUUAUAUACUUUGAUACAGGCAACUCCUUUUCACCUCAGCAUAUUGCACAUUUGGUUGGUCAGACCUCUAGUUAUGUCAUUGGCAAUCAGGCUGAACCAGGACCUCUGCAGAAAGUAAUGGAGAGGAUAAUAUGCUACUCAGUGUUUGACAUCUAUCAAAUGUUUGAUGUGUUGCAGCAACUGAAGAUAAAUUUGAAAUCUAAGAUUGUUGAACCAGAUCGUCGCGUUCAAUUGCUUAUUGUUGAUUCAAUCUCUUCACUGAUCACCCCCAUCCUUGGGGGCAGUGGUCCUCAAGGACAUGCUUUGAUGAUAUCUGCUGGGUAUUUACUGAAGAAGUUAGCAGAUGAGCAUAAUAUUGCAGUACUGGUAACAAAUCAUAUGGUGGCUGGAGAAGGCGGUACGUCCAAACCAGCACUUGGAGAGAGUUGGAAGAGUGUUCCACAUAUACGGCUCUUGCUUUCUCGUGAAUAUGGUAGCAAUGUUUGCAACAUAUCAACGCUAAAACAUCCUUCUGUGUUAUGUUUCAGGCUUCUGACAGGGCUGCUAAGUGUGUACUAUGUAUUUGUGACUGCUAAUACAUCUUAUUCAAGAUUAGAACUCCUUGCUUCGCUGUAUCUAAAGUACAAUAAUCACAUAUCACUUCAUUGCAUGUAAGAGACCCUAAUAUGCAAGAUAAGCUGUGAGCUGCACCAGAGUCUCAACUCCAUCAGUAUUAUGUUGCUGACCAUUGACAGGGAAAGUCUUAAUAAUAGCAAAUCCCUG